UCAUUCUCACGCUUCUUUGUCUUCUUCUUCUUCCUUCUUCUUAUUCGGUUCUGCUUUGUUUCCAUUUUUGGCGGGGUUCUAAUUGGGUUUGUUGCAUUGACAAUUCGAGAAUUGGAAUUGGGUAUCGAUCUGAAUCCGAUUUUGGGUUUGAUUUGAUCGGAAAGCAAAUGGAUUUGCCGUCGGACCAGGAAGGGGAUGAUGCUGAAGCUGAGUUCGUCGAGGUUGAUCCAACUGGUCGUUACGGACGGUAUAAAGAGGUUUUAGGCAAAGGGGCUUUCAAGAAAGUAUACCGAGCUUUUGAUGAAUUGGAAGGAAUUGAAGUAGCUUGGAAUCAGGUUAGGGUGGCAGAUCUGUUGCGCAACUCUGAAGAUUUGGAGCGGCUUUAUUCGGAAGUUCAUCUGCUCAAGACUCUGAAGCACAAGAAUAUUAUCAAGUUUUACAACUCUUGGGUUGAUAUCAAGCAUGAAAACAUCAACUUCAUUACAGAGAUUUUCACCUCGGGAACCUUGAGGCAAUACCGGAGGAAACAUAAGAAUGUUGAUUUGAGGGCCUUAAAGAAGUGGUCUAGGCAGAUCUUAGAAGGCCUUCUGUAUCUUCAUCGGCAUGACCCGCCAGUUAUUCACCGAGAUUUGAAGUGUGACAACAUUUUUGUCAAUGGGAACCAAGGUGAGGUGAAAAUUGGUGACUUAGGACUUGCUGCUAUUCUUCGUCAGGCUCGUUCAGCUCACAGUGUUAUUGGUACUCCUGAGUUUAUGGCUCCAGAGCUUUAUGAAGAGGAAUAUAAUGAGCUUGUCGACAUUUAUGCCUUUGGCAUGUGCUUAUUAGAGUUGGUGACCUUUGAGUAUCCUUAUGUUGAGUGUACUAAUGCUGCUCAGAUCUUCAAGAAAGUGACAUCAGGAGUAAAGCCAGCAUCAUUGUCAAAAGUGUCAGAUCCCGGAGUAAAAGCAUUUAUAGAAAAAUGCAUUGUAAAAGUGUCCGAUCGUUUGCCUGCUGAGGCACUUUUAAUGGAUCCUUUUCUUCAAUCAGAUGGGGAUCGGGAAAGUAUUCCUCAUUCUCUACAACCCAAAUCUCAUUAUCCAGAAGGUACUUCUGAUGAGAAUGAUGGUGUAGAUCUUCAUUCUGAGUUGGGCAGAGACUUCACGGUGCAAGGCCAGAGGAAAGAUGACACAAUUUUUCUGAAACUACGAAUUGCAGAUUCUACAGGUCAUUUUCGAAAUAUCCACUUUCCAUUUGAUAUUGGUGAAGACACUGCAAUUGCUGUUGCUAGUGAAAUGGUUCAAGAGUUGGAUCUGACAGAUCAAGAUGUUUCAACAAUUGCUGAACUCAUCGACUCUGAGAUUCAGUCCCAUAUUCCAGAUUGGAUUUCUGGAGAUAAUCUUGAUAUUGAUGUGUCAACUUCUAAUAGCCCAGUUUCUGACUUCAAGGAAGAUGCUUCUCCACUGAUAAAUGAGUUCAGUAAUCUAGCAUUAGAACGAUUGCCUUCAGGCCGCAAAUACUGGUCCGACUCUCCCAAGGCAUGCACAAGUAAUGGAAACUCUCCACUGAAGCAUGGUUAUUCUAACAUGCAUUCUCCAGUGGAUUCAGUCAAUAAUACAAGAGGUAGUGAAGACAAUGAUAAUUCUCCUGAUAGUCGAGAAAUAUCUCCUCGAAAUGAAGAUGAUCCAAACGGUGCAGAAAACUCUGAUUUAAUGAAUGGCGAUAGUCUUGAUGCUGCUAUUGAUCUGCAUAAUAGAAAUGGAGCUCAUUUAUUUGAACCAGAAGAAGUCAAGAUCGUUGUUGAGAAACUUGAGAAUCUAUUGGUGCAACAGAAAAAGGAACUGGAUGAACUCAAAAGGAAGCAUGAUUUAGAGAUAUCAGAUGUCCUGCAUGAAUUACCUCCAGCUUUCUGUCAGAAGGUUUUAGAUAAUUGUAAGUUGAAGAUUUCACUCUGA